UUUUGAAACCUAUAAAUGUGGCGCCCUAACAGGACUCACGCACAAACGCCUGCAUUCAUUCUUAUGGCUGUUGGAUCCAUGAGAAAUGUUUCUCCUGAUCAAAUGCUCUUUUUCAUCAUCACACUAUUCUCACUUUUAAUACCGAAUUCAUUCGGAUCGGUUACCCAACAAAAUGCUGAUCAAAUUUACUCCAUAGAAGUUGUCAAGGAGUUCAGUCAUGAUCCUGCUGCUUUUACUCAGGGACUUUUAUAUGGAGGGGACGAUACACUAUUCGAAUCAACUGGACUUAAUGGACAUUCAUCAGUUCGAAAAGUGAAUCUUCAGACCGCAAAGAUUGAAGCCGAGCAUAGAAUGAAUGCUACUGAUUUCGGGGAGGGUUUAACACUUUUGGGUGAAAGGUUGUAUCAACUAACUUGGUUGACGAAAACAGGUUACAUAUAUGACAGACAUAAUUUAAACAAAAUUAAAACGUUUAGUCAUCAUAUGCGUGACGGAUGGGGAUUUGCAACCGAUGGGAAAGUACUUUUCGGAAGUGAUGGAUCUUCCACCUUAUAUAAAAUCAAUCCUCAAACAAUGGAAGUUAUACAAGAGCAUGUUAUUAAAUAUAAAGAUCAUCAAGUAUACAAUCUCAAUGAACUAGAGUACAUCAACAAUGAAGUUUGGGCAAACAUUUGGCAGAGUGAUUGCAUAGUUAGAAUCUCACCAUCGGAUGGUACUGUGACCGGAUGGAUUCUCCUCCCAGAAUUAAGCAAAGGAUUGAUACAUCAUGGUUACACAAUUGAUGUUUUGAAUGGAAUAGCCUGGGAUGCUGAUAACAAUCGAAUUUUUGUGACCGGAAAAUUAUGGCCAAAGUUGUAUCAGAUAAAGCUGCAUCCGCAUAAGAAACCUUUGUCGUCCCCCAUCGAAAAAAUGUGCCUGCGCGGUUCUGGAUCCUAAUGUAGUAUGAAGUAUGGAAUUAUAGAUUAAAAUUUUAAUAAAGAAUAUAUAAUCAGAUUCCAAAAGGUUCAUAUUUAUGUUUUCUCUAAGUUUGAGCAAAAUUGCAGGCGUUGUCCAUUAACUAAUGAAAUUACACUGGAUGUCCUUUAUGUAACAAUUUCUCAUCAUGAAGUAUCCUUUUGCGCUAACCCAGUUAGUUUUUUU